ACAGGAGAGACCAUCGGGUUUCAAGAACAGAGUAGUUGAGUUUCUGCGAUCGUUACCCAGAAACCUUACAGAAAUCUAGUAGAGCUUCAGUUCAGCGAUCAAAGAUCACCUGUGAGAGAGGCUUCAUUGUCUUCACAUAGGCAUCCAUGUCUCUGUUGAACCAGCUCUUCAAUAGAGGCGUUUUCGGCACAAAAUGCAAAACAUGUUUGCACAUGUCGAUUUCGCGUAUUAAGUUGCUGCAAAACAAGAGAGAUAUGCAGCUCAAACAUAUGCGCAAGGAGAUUGCUCAAUUUUUGCAGGCUGGCCAAGAACCAAUAGCUCGAAUUCGGGUGGAGCAUGUUAUACGAGAGCAAAACAUAUGGGCUGCUUAUGAGAUAUUGGAGCUUUUCUGUGAAUUUAUCCUUGCACGAGUUCCCAUUAUUGAAAGCCAAAAGGAUUGUCCGCCAGAAUUACGAGAGGCUAUUUCAAGCAUAAUAUUUUCUGCCCCAAGAUGUUCAGAAGUUCCAGAUUUAUUGCAGAUCAAGAAUUUAUUCACAGCAAAAUAUGGGAAGGAAUUUAUAGCAGCUGCAUCUGAGCUGCGUCCUGAUUCUGGUGUCAACCGAACUAUAAUUGAAAAGCUGUCGGUGAGUGCUCCCUCUGGAGAGGAAAGGCUCAAGGUAUUGAAGGAAAUUGCACAAGAGUACAAUCUGAAUUGGGAUUCUUCUAGCUCUGAAGCAGAGUUCAGUAGGAAACAUGAAGAUCUACUGGGUGGAUCCAAGCACAUAAGUGGUGGAGCUGCACUGCCUUCUCGAGCUCCUGCAAAACAAGUGUCUUUUAGUCCUCCACCUUCUAAUGGUGCACAUUAUACUCAGCCCACAAAGAUUAAACCAGAACCUCAACACAUCAUUCCAGCUCCAAGAUCUUUAAUUCAGACACAUGUUUCAAGUACCAAUGAGAUUCAGCCGUCAAUUAAUAAUGAUGCAGGACCAGUUAGAGAAACAAGACCACAAUCAUCUGAGAUCCUGGAGAAAGCUCGUGCUGCCAUUGCCUCUGCUGAACGUGCAUCCGCUGCUGCCCGUUCAGCUGCUGAGCUGGUUAAGUCGUUAUAGUACUCAAAUUGAUCAUUUGAUCCCAGUGCACAAGAGGCAGAAAAACGCAUGUUACUUUGGUAACACCCUUUCAAACUGUCUUCAAAGGAUGUGGUAAAGGGUACACGGUACUGGACUACUGGUGAACAUGAUUUGUAUAUCUUGUAUUAUGCGAUGGUGAAGAGCUCGCAUGUUUUCAUAUUUUCUAACAUUAAUCAACAGUUACUGCAACCUAUAUUCUACAACUUCUUUUGUGUUUCA